AUGCGUGGUAAGCAAAUAAAAAUCAAACUUAUUAAUCCAUUUGCAUUUGGUAUACAUUUAUAUAAAUCAUUUAAUAAAGCAACUACACGUGGUGUUGUACCACAACCAACUGCAGAUGAACAAGCACGAGAUCAACAUGCCAGACAUGCAAUGUUAGUUGUUGGUUAUAGUGAUCAAUCACAAGCAUUUAUUGUUCGCAAUUCAUGGGGAGAAAACUGGGGUGAUAAAGGAUAUUGCUAUAUUUCAUAUAAUUAUGUAGCUAAUUCUGAUUUUUGCUUUGAUGCGUGGGCUAUUCGAGAAUAUGAAACUAAUGAUAUGGGACAUGAUAAUUGGGAUAAUGAUGAUUCUACUGAUUAUAUAAAUAGAAAUGGAAAUGAUGACAUUAAUGAUGAUGAAGAUCACCAUGAAAUUAGAGAAAUUAAAGUAGAUGAAAAUGACAUCAGUGGCGAUGAUGGCGUCAUUGAUGAUAAUGACGGAACUAGUAUAACAAGUAGUAGUUCAUAUAAUUGA